AGCAGUGGGGAAAGAGAAGAGAGAGAGAGAGAGAGAGAGUGAGGGAGGGAGUUUCAGAGUUUUCGUCGCCGUUUUUGUUCAAACUUCGGAUUGUUUGAAGAUUAAUUUUUCAGUAAUUUUUAUUAGAAGAAAAUGGUGGUGGAGGGAAAGGAUAAGCUAUCGUCACAGUGGUGGUGGUUUGACAUUCAGAAGAAGAGCACUCCAAAUCGUUCGCCGUGGCUUCACUCAACUCUGGCCGAACUAGAUGAGAAGACAGAGGCCAUGCUGAGGCUAGUUGAACAAGAUGCUGAUUCCUUCGCCCAAAGAGCAGAGAUGUAUUACAAGAAGCGACCGCAGCUCAUUAACAUGGUUGAGGAAUUCUACAGGGCCCAUCGGUUGUUGGCUGAGAAGUAUGAUCAAAUCAAGUGUGAAUCUGGUACUCGCCUUUUAACACCGUGGAUGUCUCCGUUGUCUUUCACCAAGUAUCCUCAAGAGAAAUUGAUGAGGAGCUCCACGGAAAAAUCCUAUGACAGUUAUUCAGAAACCUUUGAUCCUGAGUCUGAGUUAUCCGAUGAUAUGUCUGAGGUCGAGGAUCCUGACUUAGAAGAAGAAGAAAUACAGACUCCCCGACCAGGGAAGGAAACAGUGGAGGUAUCAAGUGGCUUUUGCGUCAACAAUGAUGAAGUACUGAAGCUGAAGGAAGAAAUUGAGAGGCUGAAAGAAGAGAGCAAAGUGCAGCAGGAGCUUCUAAUGCAGAAAGAUGAAGAGAAAAGAGAGGUCAUCAGACAACUCAGUUUAGCUGUGGAUUUGCUGAGGGAGGAAAAUGUUAUGCUGAGAAAGAGUGUUGCUAAGGCAUCUCCAAAGAAGGAAAGUCUUUGUAUUGAGCUCAAGACAUCAAAACAAGAGGGGUUUUGGAAGAGGCUCUUCAAUUGAUCUACUUAGUCAGAGGCUGCGAAUUGAAUGAUACUGUAGUUUUGUUGUUUGUACAAUUGCUUCAUUCUUUAUACUCUUGUUGUUGUCUAGAAGCAGUGAUAUAGUUAAUGUAUGUAGGAUUUUGAAGUACUCUUAUUACAUUUGCUAUUCUAGUACUCCUAAGUCAUUCUUGAUGUUAUUAUGGUAAGAACAAUUUGUUGUAGUAUCGUAAUAUAUAAAGUAUUAAGUACAGUUUUUCAUUCA